AUGGAAACUUGCCCAUACAUUGAUGCCAAGUUACUGAAAGCGGCAGAAGAAGGCGAACUUGAGCCAUUCAAAAAUGUUCAACUACCUCUUGAUAGGCUACUUUCACCAAAGAAAAACACAAUAUUGCAUAUUUACCUUAGCACUCUAAGUCUAAGUGAAAGAUCCACCAAGUUUAUAAAGGGGGUACUUAGAAUUUGUCCGCUGCUGUUAUGUACGGUCAAUGCCCACGGUGAUACUCCGUUGCACAUUGCAGCAAGGUACGGGCAUGCUGAUGCUGCAAAAGAGCUAAUCGAACGGGCAAAGGCUUCAACACGCAAUGAAAUAGAUUUAGAGAGCGGAGAAGGGUCAAGAGAACAGAGACACUAUUCAGAUUCAGAGUACGGGCAUGCUGAUGCUGCAAAAGAGCUAAUCGAACGGGCAAAGGCUUCAACACGCAAUGAAAUAGAUUUAGAGAGCGGAGAAGGGUCAAGAGAACAGAGACACUAUUCAGAUUCAGAGUGCGGAGAAGGGUCAAGAGAGAGUAUCGAACAGGCAAACGCUUCAGAUUUAGAGAGCGGAGAAGGGUCAAGAGAGAGUAUCGAACAGGCAAACGCUUCAGAUUUAGAGAGCGGAGAAGGGUCAAGAGAGAGUAUCGAACAGGCAAACGCUUCAGAUUCAGAGAGAGAAGAAGAGCCAAGAGAGAGUGAAAUGGCAGCAGUAAGGAUGAUGUUAAGGAUGACAAAUAAAAAUAAAGAAACGGCCUUGCAUGAGGCGGCACGAAAUAAAAGAAGUCUGGGUGUUGUGGAAGCAAUAAUGAGUAAUGAAGAUCCAGCAGAGUUUACAUAUUCUUCCAAUAAUCGUGGGGAAACUCCGCUUUACCUAGCUGUUAAAAAUAGAAAUGGGUGGAUAGCUUGUGAACUAUUAACUCAUCCCGAUUCAGAAUUACUGGCUUAUGGCGGUCCCAAUGGUAAAACGGCAUUACAUGAGGCAACAGUGCUGGACUUCGAAGAUGACGACUUCAAAAAUAAAGGUAGAUCAGUAAGCAGAUCAUAA